AACAAAAAAACCAUAGAAACAUAUUCUGACGUAAGAAAAUUACUUUUAGAAAAAGAAAGAUGAUCGUCAAUUUUAGUUUUAUCUUUUAUGAUAAUAAUUAAUGUUAUUAUUUAGCAAAAAGAUAAAUUAUUUGGUUGAAAUAUCAUAAGAAUAUCUAUAGUUUAGAUUUUUCUAUAUAAAAUUAUUUUUCUGUUUUAUUUAUAGAUUAUGAAAUAAAUAAAAUUAGUUUUUAUUUUAUUUUUAUUUAUUUAAAUAAAAUAAAAAUCAAUAUGAUUUUGAUUAAUUUAAAAAAAAAAACAAAUUAUUAUAUUUGAUGAUUGAAAACAUAUUUAUUUAUAUAAAAGAAAAAAAUCAUCAAUGAUAAAUAUGAUUAAUAUUUAUAGGAAUUUUAUUUUAAAAUAAAUUAAAAUAAAUAUUUAAAUUCUUUUUUUUGUUUUAGUUUUAAUGUCGAAAAAAUCUUCUCAAACUCGUUCAUCACAUAAUAUUACACGAGGAAAUUUAAAUGAUUUAUCAAAUAAAUUGUCAAAAGUUCAAAUAAAUAAUAAAAGUGAAAAAAAUUCUCUUGAUAAAUUAAUUGAAUCAAUUAAAAAUUGUCAAUAUAAACGAAUUGUUAUUCUUGUUGGAGCUGGUAUAUCAACAGCAAGUGGUAUACCUGAUUUUAGAACAUCAGGUACAGGUUUAUAUGAUAAUUUACAACGUUAUAAUAUUCCAUAUCCUGAAGCUAUAUUUGAAUUAAAUUAUUUUAAUAGAAAUCCAAAACCAUUUUUUGAUUUAGCAAAAGAACUUUAUCCUGGAAAAUAUUUUCCAAAUAUAAAUCAUUAUUUUAUUCG